UCUACUUACUAAUUGCGAGUUAUUAUGUUAUUCGUUUCAGAGAUAUCUUCGGCAAUAAGAUACAAAACGUUUCCAGCACGACUUUCACCUAUGCCCACGAAUUGCGAUUUUUGUUUAUGCAUUACAACCUGAUGGCUGAGCUCCCUAAAGGACUUUUCACCCAGCAGUUGAAGCACAUUAUCAGAGUGACUUUGGACACCAACCUAAUGUGCUGCCACCUCGAUCUUUUCAGGCAGGAUGCCGAUUGCGAUUAUUCUUUUAAUGACAACUUCGCAAGCUGUCAAUCCAUUUUCCGUAACCUUGCUCCAAGGAGAUGUCUUUGGGUUGUCGGUCUUCUGUCGUUGUUUGGGUCCGUAUUUGUUGUUGGGUGGCAGUAUUUUUUCCCUGAUAACAAUGUGGUCCAGUCUAUCAUGUUGGUGAAUCUGGGUAUCUCAGACGGCAUCAUGGGUAUUUACCUUAUCAUUAUAGCUAUAAAAGACCUACAAUGGUCGGGGGAAUACUACCUGCACGACUACGAGUGGCGCACUGGCUGGUUUUGUCAUUUUAAUGGCGCCAUGUCUAUCCUUUCAAGUGAGGUGUCAGUUAUGAUGAUUUCUUUGAUUGCAUGGGACAGGCUCAAGAACAUUGUGUUUCCAUACACUUUUGCAAAAAUCACACCAAGGCAGGCUCGUCUAGUGUGCGCAGUUAUCUGGCUGGUGGGAGGCGUUAUGGCAUUCCUUCCCUUGUCUGGGAUGCGCUAUUUUGGUGACUGGUAUUAUGGCAAAAACGUAGUGUGCCUGCCCCUGCAACUUUCCCCACAAUUACAAGAUGGCUGGGAAUACUCCACUUCCAUCUUUAUCGUUUUAAAUUUUUCUCUUUUCAUCUUCGUUAUGGUGGCUUAUAUUGCCAUCUUGUUGAGAUCAUGGUCGUCAAGUAGACGGCUCGGUGCACAUGGAAAUGUUCGUGAAAUACAAGUAAGAGCACAAAGUGCGCAGGCCAAAAGAGAAAGAGCACUUGCCAAAAGAGUCUUCUUCAUUAUUCUGACCGAUUUCCUGUGUUGGAUACCACUCAUCGCUAUCGGCAUCAAGUCUCACGUCGAGAAAACAUUUGAUCCACCUGGCGAUCUGGCAGUGUGGAUUGCAGUGUUCGCUCUGCCGAUCAAUUCAGCUAUCAACCCAUUGCUGGAUACACUUUCUACUCAACAGGUGCAAGCUAUAUUGAAACCUAAACUGAGGAAGUUGUGGUCCAAUGUUCAAUCUAUUUUCUGCAGAGGACAAAAUCAAGAAGAUGAAGCAGAAAAUGUCCAGCAGAGACAGAUUGGAAAUGAAGAUGCACAUGCUAUCAACGAAGAGGGAGAACAUAUUGAAAUGCAAGUAAUAGACCAACACGACAUUCCAGGAGUGGAAGCCCCUGAAUUGCCUGCUCCGCAAUCAGAUUAUGAGGAUGCUUUUGACAUCCGUCCAGCCACUAAAAAGACUGUGAAAGUAACCGUUCAUCAUGGAGAAAGCCAAUACCGACGAAAAAGACGAAACGGAGUUCAAGAAGAGGAAAGUAAGCCUAGGCUCAAGGAGCCAACUAAAGCUGGUGAACCUGAGUAUCAGAUGGAGAGUGAAGAGUUUCCAGUGUCUAGUGACCAAGGUAAAGAAGGAGAAAGUAAGCCUGAACGCAAAAAGCCAACUGAGGAAGCUGCUGAAUUUGAGGAGCAAAUAGCAAGUGAAGAGAUCCCAGUGCCCAGUGAUAAAGAAGAAAGUGCGUUUGAGCCAGACAUGGACCUCGCAGAGGAAGGUAACUUUCCUUCUAAAUUAGCCAACAGAUAUGACGUAUAA